AUGCAACGCCAAACAGAAGACAACGACCAACAACAUACACCAAGACGCGCUCACCACCCACAGCAACAUGACCAGAACGAACAAGACCACCUCCAACAAUUGAUGCAAAACCGCCGUCGCCAAAAGACACUCUCCUCCAUCUCCAAUUUUGUCCCCCUCCAUAUCCUCCUCAGUCAACCCCGCGGUGUAUCUCUCUCCUUGACGGUUCCCAAGUCGUUUACGAUCGAGCAAUUGGCACGACAGAUCGAGGCCGAGUACGCGUAUAUGGUCGAGCGCGAGGUUGGGCAUUCACGGUACCCUGUCAUCGAGUGCGGUGCCUUGUUUGAUCAUGUCGAGCUGCCGCCUAGGAGGAGGAGGGGGACUGGAAGGACCAGCGGGAGGUAUGACCAUGGAAGCCUGUCGCAGGAUUAUGAAGAUGAGGACGAUGAAGAGGACGAGGAGGAGUGUGUGGAUGAGAGGGACGAGGCCGAGUCGCGAGGUGUCCAGUUGCGGUUCUCGGAUCGCGUAGAGGAUGUGCUGGAAAGAGGCAGUACCGUCCACGUUGUCAAUAUCGAUCAAGUUGUCGGGAUCUGGGCGCAAGAGGGACAGACUGUGGCACAUAAGAAGAUGAUGGGAAACGGAGAUGGAUUAGUGGAGGGUUCAUUCAAGGAUAUGCUGUACGACUGA